AUGUCUACGAUGUUCGAGAUGAGAUUUCAAAUGCUAGUGCAAAGGCUCACUGUAGCAAGUUCGGAUGAAGUGUCGUCCGAUUUGUGGUGGGCAGCUUGGUUGUCUAAGAUGCAAGAUUUAUGCCCCUAUUCUACCCGUUCACUCAAUGCCUGUUGUACUGAGGUGCAAGUUUUCCGCGUGAACAUACCUUGUUUUUCCUCUCGAAACCUCAUCGACUCGUCGAGGCAAGCCACCGAAUCGAGGCCCGAGACGAUCGACAAACGACAAACGACAACCGAGAAGCAAGGGUGGGCAGAUAAUGAGAUGAUGGGAGGAGAUUGGGGGUUGGAUAACAUCCGAGCGAGGGAGUCGGGAGGAGGAGGUUGGAGGAAGGGCAUCAGAGAGUACUGGAGGAGCAGUGGUUCCGGAGGAAAGGGUGAGGCCGAGAUGGAUGACUCGACUACGAUCCGAUGCAAGCCACCGAUACGAGGCCCGAGACGAUUCUACGAGCGGACGAACGACAUCGAACGAGCGACCGAGCGAUACCGAACGAGCGACCGACAUCGAAUGAGCGAGCGACACCGGCCGAACGACCGAGAACGAACGACUGCGAACGAUCGAUACCGAUUUCGACAUCGACGUGUAGUGAGGUGUAUUUGGGGAUGGAUGACUUGGUGGACAGGGUGGUGGAUUCUGAGAGAAGAAUGUCCGGGAGUUGCAUUGGAGAUAUGGAAGAAUGUGCGUGAAAAGAGUUGGAGUGGAAGAGUUGGAGCAAGUAAGAUUGGAAUGGCAGAUGUUAGGAGGGGCACGGCUGGCAGGUAUUUUGGGAAGAAGGGUUAUUGCUUUGGAUGGGAGAGGUGGACUGAGGAGGAUAGUGGUGGUUGAAGGAGAUGGGCAGAUAUUUGGGAGAAAUGAAUUGG